CAUUUCCCUCAUCGUUUUCUGUUCGUUGACUGAAUCAUCAUGCUCCAUUCUACUCCUUGGAUUACAAAACCUUUGGCUAUACCUUGGAAACUCAACCAUCACCACACAGACCCAAAGUGUAAUGCUUCACAAUUGGAAAACAGCACUCAAGAGUCACUUACUCCAGAAGAGUUAUCAGUUGUUGAAAUAUUUAAGCAAGCCAGGCUCUCCGUAGUCCACAUCAUAGCGUUGGAGUCAGCAAGAGACUUGCUUAAAAAGGAAUGGGAAGGAAUAUUUGGGCUUCCAGGAGAAGAACAAAACCCGAGAGGUGCAGGAACGGGUUUCGUUUGGGAUAACCAACACGUGGUAACCAACCAUCACGUCAUGGCGGGUUCCAAAGAAGCCAAAGUGAGGUUUUUUGACUCGACCGAGGAACUGGAGGCAAAACUGGUGGGUACAGAUCCCGACCACGAUAUUGCAUUGUUGCGUUUGGUUCAGUUGCCAGAGAUGGGUAUGGUGCCUUUGACGAGAGGCAUUUCAGAAAACCUAUUGGUAGGUCAACGUGUCUAUGCCAUCGGAAAUCCUUUUGGGUUGGAGUAUACACUAACAACAGGAGUUAUUUCGGGAUUGGGAAGAGAAAUUGCUUCGAGAGUGGGUAGACCUAUGUUUAAUAUCAUCCAAACAGAUGCUGCUAUCAAUCCUGGCAAUUCAGGAGGACCACUGUUGGAUUCUCGAGGAAGACUGAUUGGUGUGAAUUGUGCCAUUGCUUCUCCUUCAGGAGCUUUUGCUGGUAUAGGAUUUGCUAUUCCUGUGGAUACUGUAAAAAAAGUAGUGGAACAGAUUAAGCAGUAUGGAAGAGCUAUUCGACCUUCUUUAGGAAUUUUCUUUGCACCAGAACAACUUGGAAGAAGAUUAGGUUUAGAGAAAGGUCUUUUAAUUCUCUAUUUACGACCCGAUGGUCCUGCACAGAAAGCUGGUUUAUUAGCAACGAAGAGAGAAAAAGGUUCUGGAAGACUUAUCUUGGGAGAUAUCGUAACCAGUAUUGAUAAGCAUUCAGUGAAUCGUGCUGUUGAUAUAUAUCGAGUGCUGGAAACUAUGAAUGUUGGAGAUGAAGUUGUUUUGGAAAUUAUUCGGGAUGGUCAAAGGAUAGAGAAGAAACUAACUUUGGAAGAAAUGGUCGAAGAUAAUAAGCAAAAGGGUUCCGAAUGGUUUCAUAGACGACAGUUGACUAGUCGUUUAUAAUUUUAUUUGCGAAAUAAAUCAUAGAUGUGUUGU